AUGAAACAGACAAAACUCGAAAAGGGCAAUGGUGUUCAUGAGCUUCUCGAAUGUCCGGUUUGCACAAAUCUCAUGUAUCCUCCAAUUAAUCAGUGUCCCAAUGGCCACACGUUAUGUUCCAGCUGCAAACAACAAGUGCAGAACACGUGCCCUACAUGCUGUUACGAGCUCGGCAACAUAAGAUGCUUGGCUCUCGAGAAGGUUGCGGAAUCGUUGGAGGUUUCAUGCCGGUACCAAAGCUUAGGGUGUCACGACAUUUUCCAACCCCUUGUUGAGCAUCUCAAAGACGAUCAUAAAGUCGAUAUGCAUAGUGGCUGCACUUUCAACCACCGUUAA